AUGAGGAAAUCUGCAAAGUCGUCUCUUGAUGUUCCCUUCGGCAGUCCAUUAGGAUUGAGGAUCAUUUCUUCUGCUCCAGUUCUGUCGAUUAUGAAAUUGCCUGCUGACGUCAAUGAACCCGAAGAGGCAAAUUUAUCAAGGCAACAGUCUUUGGGGGGAUCGAAACGAGGCAGAAGCUCAGAACCCAGAGUAAACCCUGAGAAUGACACAACGUACAACCUGUUUGCAAUCUGCAAUCACGCUGGAGAAUUUGGUGGUGGCCAUUAUGUUGCUCACAUUAGACCAGAAUCCUCCAGUAAAUGGUACUGCUUUGAUGAUUCACAUGUCGCUGAGGUGGAAGACUUUGUUUAUGAAGCGUGCCGUGGCAAUGGGGUGCCCUGCAUAAGAUCAUCUACAGCAUAUUUGUUAAUGUACAGAAAGGAGAAAGCCAACAUCAUGGAAGAAUCUGUUGGGGACACUGAUACAGAUGCAAAAGCUCAAAGGAUCAAGACGCAACGAAUAUGUGAUGGAGGUAACAGAGGUCAACAGAGCGAUGAAACUUUCUAUCCAAAUUUACAAGGUCCUCCAGGCAAGAAUCGUACACCAGCAAAAAACAGAGAUGAAAUGAUAAGAACAAGAGAUGGCAGAAACCAGACUGAAACUGUGGUAGAUAAUAGGGACAAACCAACUGUAGGUGACAAGUCAGGUGAAAUAAAUAUUAAAAGCAGCAAAGAAACAAGAGCAGAGAACACAAUAAGUCAGAGUAGCAACAAAGUGAAAUUAGAACAAGCAGAACUGACCGAUGUAAUAAGUGAAAGGAAUGAUAAUGAAAAGAUUCAAUUGAUAACAAAUACAGCAAUGGAAACCUGCACUGAGGCAGAAUCUGAGAAAUCGGUAGAAGGAUUAUCAGUUACCAACAGCACAGAAGCAGAUGACUCCAUGUGUAACUGUGGAUGUUUCCAGCUUAACUUUGCACCUAUGUUCCAAACUAUCUCAAAUUUACUGAACUGACUUUUUUGCUGUCGGGCAAAAAAUAUCUGAAGGGAAGAUGAAAUUAGUAACAAUCAAUUAAGCAAAAUAAAACCCUUUCAUUCAGUUUUCUAAAA